AUGCGUAUGAAAAUACGACUGGAGAAAGGUUUCUGGUACGCCCGCGAUCUAUAAAAUCCGAAUAUACCAUAUAAUAUCUGGCUGAGUCAGCUUUGGCUCGCUCUGCAUCGCUCCAAGGGCCGUUUGGCGAGCCGAAGCUUAGUCAUAGUCGCGACCCUCGACUCGAAAGACGUGGACGCGCUCCACGUGAGUUGGGGAAUACGCGUCUCGCAGGCGCGUCCUACUGCUCAUGAAUAUCGGGAUGUGUUCCGCUAG